CUCAGAUAGUACGACGCGCCUAACAGUCACUCCAGAGGCCUUCGCGGGCACGUAUUUUACUAUGCAUAGUUAGCCAUACAGGCAAUCUUGAUUGCGUAUCUUACAUCAAUGUAUUCCAUACCUCUCACUUCCGGGUGCAUGCGCGAAGAUGACUGCACGUAACGCUGCAAACACUCUUUUAGGCUUCCGCGCGUUGAGCGACCUGUUUCGUUGUGAUAUCAGACGGAUAGCGGGAGCUUCAAUGAGUGAAAGCGGCAAUAGCUUCGUUUGACUCGCGUCGAAACCCUUGAGUCCUCACCAAUCCCCACCAAUUCCUUCAAUUUUUUUACCUCAGUCUUUAGCCUCUCACCUGCUCUUCGUACACUCAUAACACCCCUAACGUCUCCUCGCCGUACCCACUCUACUCGCCGGCCUUCUCCAUUCUCAGCACCCACUCAACCUUAUCUACCAACGCGAUGCCUUCCCGACGCCCAUUGCCUGAACACAAACCCGACCAGAGCUACACCCCUUCCCACCGCAGCUUCUGCCUCCCGGCUUCCUCGCUCUCCCCAUCCUCCGAACUCACCAGCACCAUCAACCUCGCCGUUACCGCCAUGAACGAUCUCACCGAUGCAAGCAUCAAGGCCUGGGAGCUCGUCCAGCCCGCCUUCGCCGCCAGCCGACAACUGUGCGAGUCUGAGAUCCCCUUCAGGAAGACUAUUCGCGAUCUGGCGGGCCGCGCAAUUCCGAAGGCAGAUGCUUUUGAGCGCCUUCAAAUCGAGGCUGAGUUCAAUGAGCAGCUAAGGUUGAGGGAGAAGGAGGUAUUUCGCGUGGGAAGGAUGCUGGAUGGUGUGGUUGAGGCGUUUAGGGAGGUAGAUGGGAUGAGGCAGGCAUGUGAGAAGCAGGCGAAGCAUCUUGAACAUUGCUUUGCGCUGGCGAAAACCGCCGGACUGUCGGAUCAUCAGGAUCUGGGCGGAUAUUUGGUCCUGCGGAUCGGGCUCGGAGGCGAUGCGCCCCUCCCGCAGCCGCGGUUUCAAUAUGGGCUUUCUGAGGGCGUUUAUGGUAUGACGGUAGCGAACGCCAGGAAACUGAAGCAAGAGAUCGAGCGGCGGAUGGCGAUCGUGCGAGCGCACUAUAUCCGCUCUCUGGAGGAUGUGCCUGCGAUGCGCAGCAUAUACACGGAUUUACAUGACGGAUCAACGCAGGACACUCCCCUGCUGAGAGAGUUUAUCCGCACGGGGGAUUCGAAGAUCCUCGAUACCAUUUACGACAAGCUGAAGGAAGAGAUAGCGAAGAAGGAGGCUACAGGCAAGGGGGUCAAAGACAUGGUGAAGCCUGCUCAUGAGUACUUCAUGGAAAGGAAGUAAAUGAUUGACCUGAUGAACAGCUCGAAAUCUUAUAGCUCCUAUGCGAGGAAGAUUUGUCCCUCUUGACAUGCACAUGCACACUAAAAAUACAAUAGAGCCCUAUUUCCCCAUCCG